CUAGACGUUCAUUUCCUUCCUGGCUGCGGAGGACGGUACCCGGGAAAGGCACGCAUGCGCGUAGGACAGCCGUCUUUGGUCCCGGAACUUAGGUUCCAGGUUCCGCGGAGCCCCGGACCACGAGCUUGUUCUCCGCCGGAAGUGACCGGUGAGGGCGUGGGACCUGGGUGGGCGUGCGGAGCUGCGGCGGCGGUUAGCAAGUCGUACAGAAUCGGGAUGGAGGCCGUGGCGACCGGGGCGGCUGCGAGGAAACCCGAUGAAGGCUGUACAGAGACCUGUCCUGCACACUGGGGGGAGCCGAGCUGGAUGCUGGGCCCAUCCAGACCCCAGGACAAGGUGGAAGCAGCAGAAGGAGCCCCAGGGGCCCUGGACAGUGACCCUGCUGAGGCUGAGGAUGCAGCGGUGAGUGCCAUGCUGCGUGCUGUGGCUGCCAGCCACCUGCCUGUGUGCAGCCAGCAGCAGGGUGAGCCUGACCUGACUGAGCGGGAGAAGGUGGCCAUCCUGGGCCGGCUGUACCACGAGAAGCCGCUGGUGUUCCUGGAGCGCUUCCGCACGGGCCUUCGCGAGGAGCACCUGGCCUGCUUUGGCCACCUGCGUGGUGACUACCGCGCAGACUUCUACUGUGCUGAGGUGGCCCGGCAGGACACUGCCCGACCACGCACCCUGCGCACCUGCCUGCGUAACCGGCGUUAUGCGGCCCUGCGGGAGCUCAUCCAAGGGGGCGAGUACUUCAGCGACGAGCAGAUGCGGUUCCGGGCCCCGCUGCUGUACGAGCAGUACAUUGGCCAGUACCUAACCCAGGAGGAGCUCAGCACGCGCACCCCAACCCACCAGCCGCCCAGGCCCGGCUCCCCAAGCAUGCCUGCCUGCCCACUCACAGAUCUGCUACUCCAGUCCUACCAAGAACGGGAGCUGCAGCAGCGGUUGCUCCAGCAGCAGGAGGAGGAAGAGGCCUGUGUAGAGGAGGAGGAAGAAGAGGAGGACAGUGAUGAGGAAGACCAGAGGCCCAGCAAAGACUCGGAGGCCUGGGUCCCCGACUCAGAAGAGAGGCUGAUCCUGCGGGAAGAGUUCACCAGCCGGAUGCACCGGCACUUCCUGGAUGGCAAGGACGGGGACUUCGACUACAGCACCGUGGACGACAACCCCGACUUUGACAACCUGGACAUCGUGGCUCGUGAUGAGGAGGAGAGGUACUUUGAUGAGGAGGAGCCCGACGAUGCACCCAGCCCAGAGCUGGAUGGGAACUGAUGGUCCCCAGCUGCCCACCCUGCCCACUCCCCCACUUGACAGCCGAUCACAGGCCGGCUCCCUGACGGGAGGGCAUUGCCCCUCAGCCUCAGCUUCGCUGGGUCCAGUCCCGUCCCAGACACCCAGGUCCGUGUCCUGGGUUCCCUGCAUUCCCCUCACUGCUUUCCUCCCCACCCUGCGUCUCUGGUAUCUCAGUUUCUUCUCUCUCUCUCUGCUGCCUUUCUGUCAUCUGCUUCCCGUGUGUCUCCCUCUUUCCACCCCUCACUGUCUUUUCUACCUUUCUCUUUCUUUCUCUCUGUGCCUUGGCCUCUGUCCCCAGGAUGAACACCUUCCCUUUGUCCAAGGCCAGUGGGGCCCUUGGUAGCUGGAGCAGCCAGGUUGGUGCCAGGGCCCAGCUGGGGCUGACCCAGCCUGGCGCAGCUCUCCCUUGCCCCCCUGGUCUCUACCUGGUUUCUCCUGUGUCUCAGGCUCCAGUUCGUCCCUCCUUGCCUCUUGUCAUGUUCCCAUCUCUCCUUCAGUCUCACUCUGGGCCUGUGGGUCUUCCGAGUAUAUUUCCAUCUCUAGGCCUCUGUGCUCUGUCCCCCUCUGUCUACAGCCUUUUAUCUCAGGGUUUCAGUGCCCCCUGCAGCUGGGCUGCCCAGUGAUACAGCCUCAUUGCAGGCAGCGGGGAGACUGCAGGGUGUUCAUUGGCUCUCAUCUCUCCCUCUGCACCCAGGCUUGGGAGGGAUGAGCAGGGGCAGCACUGGGCAUCAUGGGCCUGCCAGCUUGGGGUAUAGGGAGGGGGGCUUUCCCCUCCCAGCCCCCCGCUUCUAGCCCCACUGGCCCUCUUUUGCCUGGCCACAAUUUCCCUUCACUUCCUCUGCCUCCCUCUCGCUCUCCUGUUUAUACUCCCCGAAUACGCACAGGCUGUUAUCAUGGGCCCUGAGUCAUCCCACACACAGCCUGCUCCGGCAUCCCUGCCCCCGCCGGCCACAGGGCCCGCCCCACAGAGCCCCCUGCCGCCCUGGGCUAAUGGGAGCCAGAUGGCCGCCGGGUGACUCAGCCACUGGCCUGUGGGAACCCAGGCGUCCUGCCUUCCCAUGCCCCCACACCCAGCUCAUGCUCCCCCAGUAGACACACAGAAGGGGCCGGCUGCAGGGGGCAGGAUGGGAGCGCAGGCCAAGAAUCAGGUGGGGCCUAGGGACCCCUCACUCCUGUGAGCCAGAAUGGUGGCAUCUUGCCACAACCAAGUCUGGAGAACCCUCAAAAACACCUCCCCAGGCAUGUGGCCCAGAGCUAGGGGAAGACCCCGAGGCCGCCUGGGGCCACGGCUCUUGACCCCCAGGCCUCAGCUCUGCCCUUUGGGUCAACCAGAAUUACAGCCAGACAUAGAAAGAGAGCUGGACAGAGGCCAAGGGAUGUUCAGAUGGAAAGACUAUUAAGGAAACUUCCGGUUACUGAGCAGUUCUGUGCCAGGCCCGAGUGGUUUUGAAUUGACUUGAACUUGCCACACUGAAUCCUCCAAACAGCCCCAUAAAUGUGGGCCAAGAGAGGUCCAGAAAGGAGCUGUGACCUGCUCAAGGCCACAAGGCCAUCAGAGGUGGAGACCCAGGCCUAGAACCACACAAGCCGUGAGACCACUGCUAGCCUGCGUGUCAGCUGUCAGGGCCAGCCAGCGGACAGACUUCCUCGCUUGGAAAGACUGAAGCAGAGUUAGCUGUUGAGGAUGACAGCAGGGACGCCUUGGGGGUUCUGCCCUCGCAUUUGGCGCUGUCCUGCACCCAGGUGUGGGCUGAAUCUUCCCGGUAUAGACAAGUACUUGAGUCGCCGAUGCAUCCAAUGGUGCUCAUAGUUCAUACCGUCAGUACUGAUGGUCCGUCUCCAGAGGAGGUCCGAGGUAAGCCAGCCAGCUAGACUCACACCGAAGAGAGAAAUGUUUGUAUCUUGGGUCCUUGGUUCAUGCCUUCAGUUUGCGAAAGCCAUUUCAUAAGAGGGCUGAGCCCUGGGCAGUGUGUACAUUUUUCACCAGUCUUAUCAUUUGAUGAUUAAAGUUGUUUGUGAUAUACUUUGCCAUACAUAAA